AUGCCAGAGUACGAGGAGGCAGAAAACGAGGAAGUCAACGAAGCGAAAGAGGAGAGGACCCGACUGAGGGUGACGAAGAAAAAAAAGGCAAAGAAAGAGGAGAAACGAAAGAGUGAACAGAAAAGAACAAGGAAGCGCAGCCAGCGGAAGAACGAGACAAAAAAGCGCCGGCAACAGCACGAACAACGGACGAAAACAGCAGGACAGGCGAAGAGUAAAGCAGACAACAGCCGCAACAACCACUCGCCACGAACCCAGGGAACAAGACAAGCACAGAAAGAAGAAGACCACACAGACGAGACACAGGAGAAGAAGAAAGGAAACCGAGAAAAAAGAGCACAAAGUACAAACGACACAGUGGAAAAAGUAGGAAAAGAACGCACGCCGCAUCAGAGAAACGCAAAGAAGAAGACAAAUCAGAAACGACCGUCAAACAAAGCAAGAGGAAGGUCAGAAGAGGAGACCAGGACAAGACGACCAAACGGAAGAAACCACGUAAAAAAACCCCAACAAGCAAACGACGACACACGACGUACCCCCAGCAAGCGAGGAAAACGAGAAGACAAGAGAAGGCACACCAAGACGAAGAGAAAAAAAACAAGAAGACAUGAAGAGGAACGGAGAGCAAGAAAACAAAGGCAGAGCUCACCGUACACCAACGACAAAGGACCAAAGAGAAAGAGACGAGGAAAAGAGAGAGUUGAACGGGACGAAAAGAAACAGAGAAGAACACAAGCACUACACUCAAACCAGACCGACAACAGGACCACACAAACGAAACACCACACCCAGGACAGACCACGCGCACCGACACGAAAAACAAAGCCCAAGAGGCCACAGAAACAACGAACGAACGGCCCAGAGCAGCGAGAAAGGGGGGUACAGGAUGACAAGCACCCGCGCGGACGGCACGUCAAAAUCGCACAACACACAGAAGAUCCAGACCACUCCCCGCACCGCCAGACAACAGCCGGAGAUACAGCAGAGCACAACGCAAGAAACAACCAAAAGAAGAGACAGCAUGCAGAACAGCAAAGUCUGGCGGAGAUACAAGACAACCCAGAACACAGCAAGUCCGGGAACACAAACGGAGCACAGCAAACAAGACCGGAAGAAAGAAGAAAGUGUAGAGUGAGUGCACAAAAAAGAAAGGAAAAAGAAAAGGGAAGGAAAAGGAACAUCAAGGAAAAACCAGCCAGAGGAAAGAAGGAAGAAACGUCGAACAACAGACAAAUAUUCUUCUUACAGAAAAGGCACACAGCAGACCAAGACGAGGAGAGAGUUAAAGAAGAUACGCCACGGCUCGCAAGAAAAAGAAGGAAAAAGCACGAAAAAACACAGAUAAGCUCACAGAAGCGAGACGGAAAAGACGAGCAAAAGAAAGAAAGAAAGGAGAACGUAGAAGAAGAACGGAACGAAAACAUUAAAGACCAGACCAGCACAGAGAAAGAAGAGGGAAAAGAGAGAGGAGAAGAAAGAGUAAGACGGAACGGCAACACGACGUCACACAAAUUUUUUUUCAACCGACAACGAGAACCACGAGCGAAGAACCCACCCGGACCCACCACCCCCGACCAGCCAGGGAGACACCAACAGUGCCCAACGCCAAACCCAGCGCCGCGCGCCUCCCUCCGACCCACAUCUCCACGCAAGCCCAACACGGCCUACCUCCCCGCCGUACAAGAGGAUGUGAAACAACCGGCCACAUAA